GUGAUGACCAUCCAGAUCAAGUGUUUUCAGGAGAUCAUAGAGAUCGGCUACAGGGUCUACCAUUCCUACGAGCUUCCCUGGUUCAGGACACUCAGCUGGUGAGGACCAACUAGAUCUAUCUUUCAAUCUCUUGGUGAUUAUUUUCUCUCUCACCCUCCCCCUCUCUGCCUCUCUCUUGUUUUCCUAUCGCACACAGAACCUUAAAGGUUACAUUUACCAGCUCUGUGUGCCCUCUCUCCCUUUCUCUGACGCCGUCUACUCUCCAUCUCAUCCCCCUUUCUCAUGUCCUGAAUCUCCCCCUUUCUGCUCACUCCUGGUACCCCCUUUUCUCUACUCUCCUCUCUCCCCUUCUCUGAUCCCCUCUCCCCUUCUCUGCCCUCACCUCGUUCACUGACUCCCUCUCUCUUAUCUCUUUUCUAUCUCCAUCCUUGCAUCUGUGCUCUCUCUCUCCCUCCCCUCCCUCCUCCUCCCCCUCUCCCCUUCCCUUUCUUCUCUCUCUCCUCCCUCCCGCUCUCUCUUCCCCUCUGCCCUCUCUCCUUCCCUCCCCCCUCUCCUCUCUCCUACUCCCUCUCUCUCUCUGCUCCUCUCUCUUUCUCUGGCUCCCUCCCUCCAUCUCCCUCUCUCUCUCUCCUCUUCCCCUUCCACCUCUCUUCUCCCUCUCUCCUCUCUCCUUCUCUUCCUCCUGUCUCCCUCUUCCUUCUUCUCCUCCCUUCCCUCUCUCCUGCUCUCUUCUCUCUCUCCCUCUCUCUCUCCCCUCCUCUCCUUCUCUCUCUCUCCCUUUCUUUCUCUCUUCUCUCUCCCCUCUCUCUCUCUCCUCUUUCUCUCUCUCCCUCUCUCUCUCUCUCCUCUCCUCGGCCUCCUCCUCUUUCUUCCUCUCUCCUCCUCUCGUCUCCCCUCUCUCUCUCCUGUUUCUUCUCUCCUCUCUGCGUCUCUGAAAAAUAGAGUGCCACCAACUGGUGCCAUGUUUGAUUAUACAGUGCAUUAGGAAAGUAUUCAGACCCUUUGACUUUUUCCACAUGUUGUUACGUUACAGCCUUAUUCUAAAAUGGAUUAAAUGGUUUUUUCCCUCAUCAAUCUACACACAAUACCCCAUAAUGACAAAGCGAAAACAGGUUUUUAAAAUUUUAGCAAAUGUAUUACAAAUAAAAUAAAGAAAUACCUUAUUUACAUAAGUAUUCAGACCCUUUGCUAUGAGACUCUAAAUAGAGCUCAGUUGCAUUCUGUUUCCAUUGAUCCUCCUUCUACAACUUGAUUGGAGUCCACCUGUGGUCAAUUCAAUUGAUUGGACAUGAUUUGGAAAGGCACACACCAGUCUAUAUAAGGUUCCACAGUUGACAGUGCAUGUCAGAGCAAAAACCAAGCCAUGAGGUCAAAGGAAUUGUCCGUAGAGCUCCGAGACAGGAUUGUGUCGAGGCACAGAUCUGGGGAAGGGUACCAAAAAAUGUCUGCAGCAUUGAAGGUCCCCAAGAACACAGUGGCCUCCAUCAUUCUAAAAUGGAAGAAGUUUGGAACCACCAAGACUCUUCCUAGAGCUGGCCUCCCGGCCAAACUGAGCAAUCGGGGGAGAAGGGCCUUGGUCAGGGAGGUGACCAAGAACCCGAUGGUCACUCUGACAGAGCUCCAGAGUUCCUCUGUGGAGAUGGGAGAACCUUUCAGAAGGACAACCUAAAGGACUCUCAGACCAUGAGAAACAAGAUUCUCUGGUUUGAUGAAACCAAGAUUGAACUCUUUGUCCUGAAUGCCAAGCGUCACGUCUGGAGGGGCAGGGACUGGGAGGCUAGUCAGGAUCGAGGGAAAUAUGAACGGAGCAAAGUACAGAGAGAUCCAUGAUGAUAACCUGCUCCAGAGCGCUCAGGACCUCAGACUGGGGUGAAGGUUCACCUUCCAACAGGACAACAACCCUAAGCACAUUGUCAAGACAACGCACGAGUGGCUUCGGGACAAGUCUCUGAAUGUCCUUGAGUGUCCCAACCAUAGCCCGGACUUGAACCCGAUCGAACAUCUCUGGGGAGACCUGAAAAUAGCUGUGCAGCAACUCUCCCCAUCCAACCUGACAGAGCUUGAGAGGAUCUGCAGAGAAGAAUGGGAGAAACUCCCCAAAUAGAGGUGUGCCAAGCUUUAGUGUCAUAUCCAAGAAGACUCAAGGCUGUAAUUGCUACCAAAGGUGCUUCAACAAAGUACUGAGUAAAGGGUCUGAAUACUUAUGUAAAUGUGAUUUUUUUUGGAUUUUUUAAAAUAUAUUUGCUUUGUCAUUAUGGGGUAUUGUGUGUAGAUUGAGGGGGAAAAAACGAUGUCAUACAUUUUUAAAUAAGGCUGUAACGUAACAAAGUGUAAAGUCAAGGGGUCUGAAUACUUUCCGAAUGCACUGUAGGUGCAACUGUCCCGGCGUCCCGGAUAGAGGAAGUAGAAUGACCAUUUACAUUUUAGUCAUUUAGCAGACACUCUUAUCCAGAGCGACUUACAGUUAGUUUAUUUUUUUCAUACUGGCCCCCCUUGGGAAUCAAACCCACAACCCUGGCGUUGCAAACGCCAUGCUCUACCAACUGAGCUACAUCCCUGCCGGUCAUUCCCUCCUCUACCCUGGACGACGCUGGGCCAAUUGUGCGCCGCCCCAUUGGUCUCCCGGUCGCGGCCGGCUACGACAGAGCCUGGAUUCGAACCAGUAUCUCUAGUGGCACAGCUAGCACUGCGAUGCAGCGCCUUAGACAACUGCGCCACUCGGGAGACAGUUAGUGAGUGCAUACAUUUUUCAUACUGGCCCCCCAUGGGAAUCGAACCCACAAUCCUGGCGUUGCAAGCGCCAUUCUCUACCAACUGAGCUACACUGGACCAGUUAAAUGAAAGUACACACAACAUGCCCUCUGAACAGACCAACCCAGAGCAAACUCUUAACCUCUGAACAGACCAACCCUCACAGAGCAAACUCUUAACCUCUGAACAGACCAACCCUCACAGAGCAAUCUCUAACCUCUGAACAGACCAACCCUCACAGAGCAAAUCUCUAACCUCUGAACAGACCAACCCUCACCAAGCAAACUCUUAACCUCUGAACAGACCAACCCUCACAAGCAAUCUCUAACCUCUGAACAGACCAACCCUCACCAGAGCAAACUCUUAACCUCUGACAGACCAACCCUCACCAGCAACUCUUAACCUCUGAACAGACCAACCCUCACCAAGCAAACUCUUAACCUCUGAACAGACCAACCCUCACCAAGCAAACUCUAACCUCUGAACAGACCAACCCUCACCAAGCAAACUCUUAACCUCUGAACAGACCAACCCUCACCAAGCAAACUCUUAACCUCUGAACAGACCAACCCUCACAGAGCAAUCUCUUAACCUCUGAACAGACCAACCCUCACAGAGCAAACUCUUAACCUCUGAACAGACCAACCCUCACCAAGCAAUCUCUAACCUCUGAACAGACCAACCCUCACCAAGCAAAACUCUUAACCUCUGAACAGACAACCCCACCAAGCAAACUCUAAACUUGACAGACACCCUCACCAAGCACCUUUAACCUCUGACAGACCAACCCUCCCAAGCAACUCUUAACCUCUGAACAGACUAACCCUCAGCAUCUCCUAACUCUGAACAGACCAACCCGCAGUAGCAAACUCUACCUCUGAACUGACCACCCUGCAGAGCAAACUUUAACCUCUGAAAGACCAACCCUCACAGAGCACCUUACUCUGACCAGACAACCUCACAGGCAAACUCUUAACUCUGACUAACCACCCUCACGAGCAAACUCUAGCCUCGUGAACAGACCACCGCACAGGCAAACUAAAACCUCUGAACAGACCAACUCACAACAAAUUCUUAACCUCUGAACAGACCAACCCUCAAGAGCAAUCUCUUAACCUCUGAAAGACCAACCCUCACAGAGCAAACUCUUAACCUCUGAACACCAACCAUCCAGCAACUCUUAACCUCUGAACAGAACAACCCUCACAGAGCAAUCUCUUAACCUCUGAACAGACCAACCCUCAGAGAGCAAACUCUAACCUCUGAACAGACCAACCCUCACCAAGCAAACUCUUAACCUCUGAACAAAAACACACGUGAAACCAAAGGAAGGAAUACAAGAUCCUUGUUUUUCUUCAGGUACUUUAGCCUGCUGAUUUGUGUGAAUUGAUACUGACUUGUUUUCCCUUCUUUUAGGUACUUCCUGAUUUGUGUGAACUACUUCUUCUAUGGUGAGACGUUGGCGGAGUACUUUGGUGCGUUGGUUCAGAGAGAGGAACCGCUCCAGUUCCUGGUCCGAUACCAUAGAUUUAUCUCCUUCGCUCUCUACCUGGCAGGUGAGGCUCGGUGUAACGCCGUCAGUACAAGGAAGUACAAGUGUAAGAUAGAAACACAUAAUGUUAUAUAUAAGCCUGUGCAGUUCUUAUCGCCAUAG